CCCCGGCUGGACCCAGGCGUAGAAAAAUCUUCACCGGUUGAAUUGCCAGCUGCUAAAGGCAGAGGCGUGAGUCUAGAAAGCAGCCGGACUUUGGAAGAACUCAUCAUGUCGACAAGCCGAGGCAAGAUCUACCUAGUGACGGGCGGUUGUGGGUUUCUGGGGAAGCACCUGGUCCAGAUGCUUCUGGAAAAAGAGCCCGACCUGGCCGAAGUGCGUGUCUUCGACUUGCUUCUGGAUGAAAGCAUGCAGCUCCUGGACAGAGACAAAGUGAUUCUGAUCAAGGGAAACAUCGGCAACUUGCAAGAAGUGGAGGCUGCGGUGAAAGGAACCCACGUGGUGAUCCAUGCGGCCAGCCUGGUGGACGUUUGGGGUCGAUUCCCACCCGCCAAAAUAAGAGAGGUCAACGUACACGGCACCCAAAAUGUAAUUGAAGCAUGCGUGACGCAAGGCACCCAGUAUCUGGUUUACACCAGCACCAUGGAAGUGGUGGGGCCCAAUGCCAAGGGAGACCCCUUCUACAGGAGAAAGGAAGACUCCGACUAUGAAAUCGUUAACGAUGAACCCUAUCCAACUAGCAAAGCCAAAGCUGAGAAGCUCAUCAUUGAAGCCAAUGGGCGGCCGAUCCAGGGUGGGAAGAAGCUGGUCACUUGUGCCCUACGGCCGACAGGCAUCUACGGGGAGAAACAUCCUCUGAUGAAGGAGUUCUACGAGAAAGGACUGCGCACAAAACGGCGCAUGAUCCGGACCAUCCCGGCCUCUACGGAGCAUGGCAGAGUCUACGUGGGCAACGUGGCGUGGAUGCAUUUGCUGGCAGCCCGAAAGAUGCAGGAGAUUCCCCAGGCUGUUGGGGGCCAGGUUUAUUUCUGCUACGACGACUCCCCUUACAAAAGCUACGAGGAUUUUAACAUGGAGUUCCUGGGGCCCUGCGGCUUCCACCUCCUGGGCUCCCGGCCCCUGCUGCCCUUCUGGCUCCUCUUCUGUAUGGCGUGGUUCAACUUCUUUCUGCAAUGGCUACUGAAGCCCUUCUUCGCCUACGCGCCUCUCCUCAAUCCGUACACCCUGACGGUGGUGAGCACUACCUUCACGGUGAAGACCGACAAGGCCCAGCAACAGUUUGGCUAUCAGCCCCUCUAUACCUGGGAAGAGAGCCGGGACCGGACUGUCCAGUGGUUAAAGGAGAUCGAUGCCCAGAGGCAUGCUGGGAAAUAGCCAUCAUCAGUGAGGGUGGGCAGGAAAUCCUGGCCAGAGUUUCAAGGGGACACGGCUGUAGGUGUUGCUGCCGCCCAAGUAGCUCAGUAAAAAGAGAUUUCCUCCCCAAGCCCUGGCAAAUUUGAAACGGUGUAAUAUCCAGAGGAUGCAGUUGUGUCCAACUGUGGAUCAUCCCAUGCACUUUUCAGCAUUAAUUUUGGAAAGCACAGGACCUGUGCACCUCUCCUUCCGCGUUAGUAAACACAACUUUGUUCUUCUAUUUGUGAAUGCUAUAGUGCAAUGCAAAGUACUGCGAGAGGCUCUUGUUCUCGGCUGCAGCUGAUGAACACAGCUACCUCUCGGGAUUUUGUUCAUAGCAUGUGAAUCUGUCUGGGGUAUUGGUCAAAUGGAUCAGUGCCCAGUUCUUGAAUUCUCGUAAAGUCUGGGAUUUACUUUAGUCCCACGACAUGAAGGAUCUGGUCCUCCAAAAGUCCAGGCUGCCAUCUGCAUCUCACUGGGUACUGUGCUGUUGUUUUGCUACCAGCAGCUGUUUGCAGCUAGACUGCCCUCUUCACACAGGAAAACCCACUUGCAAAUAACUGCCGUGGCACGGCAACAGCGCAGUAUCCAGUGAUGCGAGGACACAGCCAUAGUGAUACUGUUAGCAUUGUGAAUCAGUGCAGGGAAUCCAUGGUUCUGGCAGUGGCCUGAGUUUGGAUUCACAUUAGCAGACAGGGAUGGGGGAAGAAUAGCUCACUUCACUCGGUUUUUCAAAUUUGGACCAUGGUGGAGAGACCGGCAACUAAACUAAACUGAAAAGAUAACUAAAAAGAUAAAGAGUCUGCUCCUUAGGGUGGUGGGGAUAGAUGUUGAAAACGCACUCAACCAGAGCCAAAGUACAAUUUCUCUAGGUCCAGUACAAACCUACCUCCACCCCACCACCACGAUCUCAUGAGUCAUGAAAGAAAAUCUGGCAUAAUUGCAAGUAGACCCUAAUGGUGAUGGGCCAGCGGGACUUCUUCUAUCAUUGCAGAGUUCCAUGUGCUUUGUUUUUAAAGGAAGAUAUAAAGAGGGCAAGAAUGGAAAGAAUGGUGUUGGGCACAGGCUUAGGUGGCUUUAAAAGCCCAUCAGACCAGUCGGUGGCCAAGGAGAGGUCUAAGAGGCGUCUCCAUGUGUAGCUAAGGGCCUCGACUCGUAGGUGCUGGGACCAAUUGCAGAGGAGGACCUCCCUUUUGCUUCCUGGAGGCAUCCUGACCUCAGAUGCUAGAUGAGCUGGAGUUCAUUAAGGAGUUCAAAAUGAACCCACUUGGAGGCGAUUCAUCAGCAGACAUGGUCUCAGGCACCGAAUGUCUGGUUCCGAGGUGUACAGUUUGGAUUGGUUUUUAACUAUGCAUCUCAGCAGUGUGUGUGCACCUGCCUCUUUCUGCAGUUAUCCCGUUAGAAUAAUUCAACAGAGUCCAGUUCUUGUUUUAGCGAGGUUGCACAUUCAUUACCCUGGACCCUGUGCACGUGAUCCGUUCUCAGGACGCGCUCCUGCCCCUGUGCUUUCCCCCCCAUUGCCUUGGCCAAUCUGAUUGCUCUUCUCUAACGGGGCAAGAAGUUGGGCAGGAUCUGAUGUUACAUCGUUCCUCUCCCAUGGCAACGGGAACACAUCCAAACAAUCCAUUCCACCACACUUGAAACCCAGUCCCAGUAUUUCUUUCCUACCCGGGAAGCAACUCUGUCAUCUGAACUGGUUCCAGAGCAUUAUUAAGGACCGACAUCCACAUUUUGCUCUUACCCAGCCAGUCAUCUGAGUGAGCAAACAGGAUGUGCUUGUUAUGACAAUGCAGAGGAGUGCACUUUUAAUUUAAUUUCAGUUAUCACACUGUCUUGCCCUGAGGUUUUAAAAUUAUUAUUUUUAUUAUUAUUAAUAUUAUUAGUGGCUUUCACACAGCAGGAAUGAGAGCAGACCAGGCAACUCACCACUGCGGCCAAUGUCUGCCUGAGGCCAAGGGAGUCUUUGCUUUGGAUCCUUUUUCAGUGCUGAGGCUCAGAACCUGAGAUGCAAGGGGUGGGACUUGGAUUCUAAGGGGCGGGGCCUAGCAGGGAGGCGGAGGGUGGUACUGACCAAUCCGGAGAAGAGCCUGGUGGCGUCUUGUGCUUCAGGGUGGAGCCUGAUAAGUAUGAGGGCGGAGCUAAGGAGUUGUAUCUUACCAGCUUUUCCACUGAUGAAAGACGGAAGAGGGGAUCCCUUUUGAUCACAGAAAAGACUGUGCUGAGCAUCGUAGGAGCCCUGCGGAUAAAAACCAGUUGGCUGCAGUGAGGAAAGGAAUUCUGUGGGGAAACGAUUAAGGCAUAACCCAGUAAUUCUUCACCUUGCGAUUUUAAUUCCUUCCCCUGGAAACCUGGAAGAGGAGGCUGAAAUUCGCUCGAACUCUGUGAGCCGGCUAGCCCUAAACAGAUCAAUAAUACUGCUUUUAGCUCACUAGUAUGUAUGAGAGAUUCUGUUCCAGACUCGUAUGAAAUUCAAAGGCACAUUCCUUGGAACAGCAGUUAUUGGCUGUGUAGAGUUUUAUUAAUUUAAACAUUAAGUGAUUAAAGGAAUAUUUUACAACUGUG